GCAACAUUGUUUUGCGCGUACUACCAACGGACCUUCUCUCUCAAGGAGGGGGACGUUUCGGAUCGCUUUAGUAAUGGCGGAAACAUGUGGCCAAAUCCUCCUCGGGUCUGGAUUAACAAUCCUUUCCCACCCUCUUAUGUACAUCAAGGUUUUAGUUCAGGUUGGACAUGAACCUCUUCCUCCUACUCUAGGCAGAAAUAUGUUUGGUCGACAAGUGUACCAGCUUCCAGGUCUCUUUGCAUACGCCAAACACAUCAUCAAGAUCGAUGGCAAAUCAGGCCUGUUUAAGGGCCUCGCCCCAAGGCUUUGUGCUGGGACCAUUGGCACCAUUGUUCACAGUAAAGUCUUGCAGAAAUGCCAGGAUAAAAAAAUUGAGAUAUUGGGAAGCAGUCAGAAAGCAGAGGAUGGUUCUCUGGAACAUGUAGUAAAUGAGACCUUUAAAGAGAUGAUUGCACGCUCAUGUGCUACAAUUGUCACACACCCUUUUCAUGUGAUCACUCUCAGAUGCAUGGUCCAGUUUAUUGGUAGAGAAGCCAAAUACAGUGGUGUCUUUGACUCCAUACUUACCAUCUACAGAGAAGAUGGAAUCCUGGGGUUUUUUGCUGGCCUCAUUCCUCGUCUUCUGGGUGACGUUCUUUCCCUGUGGAUCUGCAACAUGCUUGCUCACUUCAUAAACACUUACGCUAUAGACGACUCGACGAGUCAUACAGGAGAGAUCAAAAACUGCUCUCAAGCUGUUACCGGGUUUUUUGCAAGUAUGCUGACGUAUCCAUUUGUAUUGGUGUCCAACCUGAUGGCAGUAAAUAACUGUGGGCUGGCUGGAGGUCUGCCACCUUAUGCUGCCAUUUAUCCCAACUGGCUCCACUGCUGGGGUCACCUGAGCCGAGAGGGCAACAUGAGCAGAGGCAACAGUCUGUUCUUCAGGAAGUUGCCUGUGGGGAAGAUGUACGCCAUUGAGCAGAAGAGAUUUUUUUGAAUGGGAAGCUACCGGUAUAGUCAAAUUAUAAUAAUAUAAUUGAGCUGGCCCACAAAGUUGGACUCCUAAUUCUUCGUAUGCACUUGUUUAAGAUGACAAACUUUUUUUUUUUUUGAUAAUCAGUCCGCAUCAGCCUCCAGGAUUAUUGCAGUUAAUUGUAUCAGUACAUUGUUUUCACUACAUUACGAUGCGAUUUGAAAUCGUGAAACACGAAGAGCUUUAUUUUAAUACCCAGGGAUUUGUAUACAUCACCAAGUAAAACAGACCACAGUAUAAUUUCAGUGGAGCAGUCGAGGGCGCUCUAGACCCUCUGUGCCUGAGUCCAGUACAGGCCUGUACAUCAGUUUUAGUUUUAUUGUGCUUGACCAUAUUGCUUGUCAGUAAAACAGUAAUUCUACACCUGCUGUUGUUUCUACUGGUUCAUGCACUGACUGACUGACAAACAAGAAAUUCUGUUCCCGUUAAUAGUACACUGCGUUUUGUGUGUGUGUCCAUGUGAGAGGAAGAACUGUGUGUGUUGUGGAGGGUGAUUUCCAGCCACAUCCAUCUGAGCUCUAGUCCAGUCAAAAUCACUCAAGAUUUUUAUUUCUAAUGCCAUUCUAUUUGACCCAAAUAAAUGUGGGAAUGCGUUUUUU